CCUGUCAGUCGCUACGCACAAUGGAAGAGCAGACAGACACUGCUCGUCCAGGUUUCAACCCCCACGUCACCCACCCAUCUGCCGACGGGAAAGUAUAAUACGUACGAGUGGGCAACUCCUGUCAGAAGGAGAACGCUUGCUGGCGUGGGCGGUUUUGAGUUCUUUUUGCGAUAUGCCCCUCUCCGGCAUCACACAUCCCGCGGAGCACACUUGCGCUCAGCGUCGCAUCCAUGGGCGAAGCUGCUCCGGGCGCACGAGGGGGACGCUAUCGAGCCUAAGAAAAAUGGGACCACGUUGGAGUCAACAACAUGCAAAUCGUCGCUCUCGCCACUAUCCUGUCUGCCUGCGUCGCACAGGUCGUCGCUCACGGCAAGCUGACCUCCCCUCUCGGCUUGAACGUCAACCCCGCGGUCGCCCUCGACAGCCAGAGAGACGUCGCUCUCGGUGUUUCCAAGAGGAAUGCAUGUGGACGUGUCCUCGGCGGCGGGGCAAAUGCCAUUGACCGCACCGACACCACGCCCCGUGCCACUUUCCAAGCCGGCUCUUCAGCGGAUAUCGUCUACCGCAUCGUCAACCAAGAUGGUGCUGGCCCGUUGACGGUCUCGUUUUCUCCCGACAACGGUCAGACAUGGACGGACGCCGAAGUCACAACAAACGCCCCCGGUCGUGGUGGAAUUAACCUUGCCAACCUCCGAGGUGGUGCGGAUGCCACCGUCACUUUCAACGUUCCCAACAUGGAAUGCCCCGAAGGAUCUUGCUUGAUGCAAGUGAGGAAUCCCAUCUCUUUCGGAUCUUGCGCUCCCGUCGCCGUCGGUGCUGCGCUCACAAACAACAUCGUGAAGGACUUUGCCAACUCCGGAGGUGCGGCAGCACCUGCUGCUGCUGCAAAGGGUGCUGGAAGGGGGAGGAAGGCUGGUGCCGGUGCUGCUCGUGCCGGUGGUGCUCGUACCGGUGCUGCGGGUGCCGCUGCGCCCGCUGGCGGAAAUGCAGGUGGUAUUGCGGCCAGGAUCAAGGCGAUUGCGGCAAAGGCGAACGGCGGAGCUGCUGGUGCUGGUGCUGCCGGAGCCGGUGCUGCAAAGAAAGCGGCGGGAGCAGCCGGAGGAUUGAGGGCUAAACUCGCAGGGGCGAGGAAGGCCGGUGGCGCGAAAGCCAAACAGGCGGCGGCUUAAAGGCAAGGCCCUCAUCUGAUCGCAACUCCGACUCUUCUCUGUGGAUAGUUUUGGUUCCAUUGUAAAUUAGCAGUCUUCGCUUGUAAAUAGACGCUCAGCUUGAGCUGUAGCUCGCAUGUAAAUAUCAAAGACACAUGUAUAGAAGUACUUCGACUCCCUGAACUCCCUUCUAUGAUGGCUGUUGUGAACGUGGCUGUUCCGA